AUUAAAAAGGGCUUGGAAUUGAGUGGGAAAUGUGAGUGUUGCUAGAGUAAUUUUCAGCUUUCAGGAGAGUAAUUAAGAAUUCAGUCACCAGCCUGGAUAAAUUGUUUAUCAGUGUGGAGGGUGGCAACGAUAAUUCUUGUGAAAGGAACAUAACUGAUUACAAACUAAGCUACUCUUUAUGAAGGUGAAUAUCAUUUGUACUAUUAAUAUAACUAAAUACUGAAAAAACAUUUAAAAAACAUAUUUAAAAGCCAUCAUUUAUAAUGAAAGAAUAAAUUACUAUCAUACACUAUUAUUAGUGUUUCUUGAUUUGGCUACCACAAUAAAAGUAAAAUUUAUCUUCACUGUGACCAUACAUCACUAACCAAAAUGUUGGUGGUUGGAACCCACCAGCUGCCCCAUGAGGGAAAGAUGUGGCAGUCUGCUUCUGUAAAGAUUUACAGCCCUGGAAACCCUAUGGGGCAGUUCUACUCUGUCCUAUAGGGUCAUUUAAGUGAGAAAUGAGUCGGUGGCAAUGGGUUUAGUUUUGGUUUGGAUCAUGUAUUAGGGUAAGGUUAUUAAGAGGACUUCAUGAAGGAAGUUUUUCAGGUUGGGGUGGUGAAGGAUAGGAGGAAUUAGAGAGGUAUAAUGAGGGCAAGAGCAUUGCAAGCGGGGUGAAGAAAGUGGAGUGAAUACAUGAGCUGAAAUAUUUGAGGGUUUGUGUGAGGGGAGAGUGUAUCUGGGUAUGGCCAGGGAAAAGGAAGCAGUAUAGCUUACAGUAUAGGGUUUAGGGAGGAGUGGAGUAACAAAGUGAGUGGACAUCUUCAGAAUAGCUUUGAUCUUUGUUUUAAUUUGUGAAAUAGUUUCUGGUUAUAUCUUUGCAAUCUUUGACUAUCUGAAGACACGAACUGUGUAAUUUUCCAAGUUCACAUACAUUUUACCUCAUAGUAGAAGUGAAAUCGAUACAUGCUUACUGUAAAAAUUAUUUAGAGACAAUUAUUAACAGGUUUGUCUCUCUCUCUCUCUCUGUGUGUGUGUGUGUAGCAACAAAGACAUUUUGUACCUGUUAUUUUAUUUCUUAAAUUUUAUUUUAAACCCCAUUGGGAUAAGGUGAGUAUAGGAACAGCUACCUUCUCCUCCUAUCUAUCCUGUGUAAAAACUUUUACGUUGACCUUAGUAUUAUAAACGGCUGCACAGUAGUCCACGGAAGGGACCUAAUAUUAAUUAUUUAACUAGUCCCCUUUUGUGGCAUUUAAGUUAUUUUCAGGUUUUUGCUCAUUUAAACAAUGCUUCAGUAACCAUCUUUGUAUCUAUUUCUUUGUCCUCGUUUACAUGCACACAUACUCAGAGUCAGGGAUUUUUUUUUUUUUUCUGGGUCACCGUGUAUGAGCGUGUACACCUUUGGAAAAUACUGCCAAAUUGGAAAAUGUUUAAUCAGUUUACUGUCCUACCACCAGUUAUGAGACUUUCCAUUUCCCCAUUUCCCCCAAACCCUGAAUUUUGUCACAUGUUGAAACCUCUGCUCAUCUGAUUAAAAAACUAGUACCUUGCUAUUUUAGUAUGCAUUUCUUUAGUGAAGAAUGAGGUCAAGCAUUUUUUUUUUAUUCAAGUAAACAGGCCUGUUUGUAAAUCCUGUGAUAGGUUCAGUCUUAUUCUUUCUCCUUGGGGAUUUAUGGCUUGUCACUCUCAUUCUGGUGGCCUCUUUUACCUGAUGUCCCACAUCCCCCUCCUCAGAGCUUCCACCCAGAACCUACUCCUUGGUCACUUUCUCUAGCACUUAUCUUUCCUCAAUGGGACAAUACUCUUAUCUUUCUUGCCUCCUCAGAAUAACUCAUCAUGUCUGCCCAAUAUGAGAAAUUUCCUCCUCCAGGCCUUAAAAAAACAUGUUUAAGGAUUUUGAAAGUCCUUGCCAAUGUGAUUAUAAAAAUGGCAUCAUUAUGCUGAGGGAUGUCCAACUUAUGAAAUCCACUGUCACUUAAGUAUUUCGCAUAGCUAAAUGAUUUAUAAAAAGCUUUUUAACUCACAGCCGUGUGUAGGAGAUAUGACUAUGAAAUAAUGCCACUUAAAAAUACAACAGAACUUUUCACCCAAAUAAGUAAAAGGGUCCUUAUUCUGUGCAAUACAUUUUUGACAAUAGAAUGUUAAACAGGGGAAUAUGAGUUGCUUUGUGGCUGAAACUGUCUCCCAAGGGCGAGUGGGGGAGAAGGUGUUGCCUAGUUUUCUGAUGACUAUUGAAUUGCCUGUGAAUCUGCCAAGAUCAGUGCCAUUUCUCCUGAAUCAGAGUUUGUCCUUGCUCUCCUUUUUCAGGUAGCAUGAGAGCUGUCGCUGAUGACAGAAGCAAUGAAUGGAGCCAACCGCUCUAUUGUGUCUGAGUUUGUGUUCCUGGGACUCUCCAAUUCCUGGGAGAUCCAGCUUCUCCUUUUCCUAUUUUCCACCGUGUUUUAUGUGGCAAGCCUGAUGGGAAACCUCCUCAUUCUGCUAACUGUGACUUCUGACUCUCAUUUGCAGUCUCCUAUGUACUUCUUGCUGGCUAACCUUUCCAUCAUUGACCUGAUAUUUUGCUCAACCACAGUUCCCAAGAUGAUUUAUGACCUUUUUAGAGAGCGCAAAACCAUCUCUUUUGGAGGCUGUGUAGUUCAGAUCUUUUUUAUCCAUGCAGUUGGGGGCAUGGAAAUCAUGCUGCUCGUAGCCAUGGCCUUUGACCAAUAUGUGGCCAUAUGUAAGCCCCUCCACUACCUGACCAUCAUGAGCCCAAGAAAGUGCAUUUGGUUUUUAUUUGCCUCCUGGAUUAUUGGCCUUAUUCAUUCAGUGGCUCAGCUGGCUUUUGUUGUAGACUUGCCUUUCUGUGGUCCAAAUGAAUUGGAUAGCUUUUUUUGUGACCUUCCUCGAUUUAUCAAACUUGCUUGUGUAGAGACUUUCAUGUUGGGAUUCAUGGUUAGUGCCAAUAGUGGAUUGAUUUCUGUAGUCUCUUUUUUGAUUCUGAUUAUUUCUUACAUCUUUAUUUUGGUGACUGUACAGAAAAAAACUUCAGGUGUUAUAUCCAAGGCCCUCUCUACCGUCUCAGCUCAUGUCACUGUGGUGGUUUUGUUCUUUGGGCCAUUGAUCUUUUUAUAUAUAUGGCCAUUUCCCACAUCACAGCUGGAUAAAUUCCUUGCCAUCUUUAAUGUAAUACUCACUUCCUUUCUAAAUCCAGUCAUCUAUACUUUCAGGAAUAAAGAGAUGAAGACAGCAAUGCAAAGACUAUGCAUGCAGUUUGUGAAUUAUAAUAAAAUCUCUUAAAUACAUUGAGGAUGUAGAAAAAGGGAAAGUAUACUAAAAUUUCAGAUAUAUAAGCACAAAAUAAGUCUUUUUAUUGUGUUUUAAGUGAAAGUUUACAAUUCAAGUCAGUUUCUCAUACAAAAACUUAUACAUACAUUGUUAUGUGACCCUAGUUGCUCUCCCUACAAUGUGACAGCACACUCCUUUUCUCCACCCUGUAUUUCCCCCGUACAUUCAAACAGCUCCUGUCCGCCUCUGCCUUUCAUCUCACCUCCAGACAGCAGCUGCCACAUAGCCUCACGGCUAAGAAGCACACUCCUCACCAGUAUCAUUUUGUUUCUUAUAGUCCAGUCUAAUCUUUGUCUGAAGAGCUGGUUUCAGAAAUGGUUUUUGUUUUGGGCUAACAGAGAGUCUGGGGGCCAUGAUCUCUGGGAUCCCUCUCUCUCAGUUAGACCAUUAAGUCUGGUCUUUUUACUAGAAUUUGAGUUCUGCAUCCCACUUUUCUCCUGCUCCAUCAAGGAUUCUCUGUUGUGUUCCCUGUCAG